AUGGUCACCGCACCCAGGUGUGCCGAGCGCCCCGGCUCGCCGAAACGUGACCCCGCACACGGGCCCGGCCCGGAGGCUCUCGUCCCCGCCUGUUCUGGUGGGGCCCCCCCGCUGGUGGUGGCGUCGGGCCCGUCUGGGCCCGCCGAGGUGCCACGGGCCGACCGGCCGCGCCCCGCGGAGAGGACACACGUGCCGCCGCGCGAGGCUAGUUGCCGGGGGACAGGGUCCCACCCGCCCCCCCCGGGGGCAGCCGCCCCGCACAGCGUGGUGCCCCGGCCCCGCCGUCCCAGCGCCCGGCCCAUCCCCGAGCACCUCCGGGGCGGCCCCCAGCCCCGGCGACCACCGGCCGCCGGCAGCGACAGCCCGCGCAGCCGACUGGCCCCCCCUCGUCUGACGGAGCUCCCCCCGGCCCCCCCCGCCCGGGGUCGCCCCCACGCCCCCGGCCCCAACCGCCACGGGCCCGCCUGCCGCGCGCGUCCCCACCCCCCGUGCUUGAGCGACCCCCGGCCCCCCCGUCCCCCCGGCCCCGUCGGCCCCCUGGUCCACACCGGGGCGCCCGAUCGCGCUACCCCCUCGUCCCCUCCGCGCUGUCAAGCAUGCAGGGUGCCUCCCACCCCCGGGCCCCCUCCGCUACGCUUGGGGGGUGCCGCCGCUCGCGCCAUCGCCCCCGCCACACCUACCCCGGCCGCGCCGGGCGCUCGACUCCCGACCCCCACCAAGCACUCAACCAGCGCCGGCCAGCCCCGGUCAGUCCAACGCACAGAACACGCGGGGGGACGACGCGCCCCGUCGCCCCACCGGGGGUGGGGGUGGGAGUCACCCACCCACAGGCGCCUGCACAAAACUGGCGCCCCAGUCACACCCGACCCUCCCGCGCAGGGCGCCACCACUUGUCCCACCCCCCCGCGAAGCCGGCCGCGCCCCCCGUCCGCGCCCAGCGCCCCCGCGCCCCCCCCUCACAGCCCGCCCCCGGGGGUGUGUGGUUGGGGGCUCUGUCCACCCCCUCCGGCGUCACGGGACGGGCCCAACAAGGGUGCGCGGGGCCCCGGCGUCCCGGGGCCCCCCCUUUCCGGCCCCCUCCCCCCCGGCCUGAACGCCUCUCCGCCCUCCGGGGGGUGGAGGGGGCCCCGACGGCCGCCCGGUCGCCCACGCGGGGACAACAAGAGCGUAUCCCCGCGCCCCGUCUCCGGGGCCCCCGGCACCGACCCCACCCACGCGGCCCGGGCGCAUGGCCCACCGUGA